GGGACCGAGCUGUUGGAUUUCGUUGAUCUUCUUCCAUCCUGCCGGGUGGUGGUUUGCCGGUCCGAAUAACGGUGAGCGUGACGUCGUUCGAUAUCUGCAAAAAUGGCCUAUGUUGUGGCUCCCAACAUUGAACCGUUUAGAAAGGGACAAUCUUUUACGACCUGGGUCCGCCGUUUGACCUACCAUUUCCGGGUCAACAAGGUCAAGGAAGAUGAGCGGAAGGACCAGAUGUUCAUGCUGGGCGGGGAUUAUCUCUUCAGCGUGGCUGAAAAACUUUAUCCAACCGAGGCACUUUUGGAUGAAGUGGCCUACGAUGAACUGGUGCAAAAACUUAAGGAACGAUUAGACAGAACCGAUUCAGUAUUGCUUCAGAGAUACCACUUUAGUUCAAAAUUACAACAGGCCGGUGAAUCGGCAAGCGAUUUCAUCUUUUCUUUGAAGUUUCAAGCUGAAAAUUGUGAAUUUGGGGAUCAGAAGAAUAGGCUUAUUGUUGACCGUCUUCUGGUCGGUUUAUCAGAUACUAAACUGAAGCAUCGCCUCCUUACGGAGGACAGCGCCAAGCUGACUUUAGAACAAGCCGAAAAAAUUGUCGCUACUUGGGAAAUGGCAGCGACCCACACGAAGGCAUUGGCGAACAAUGAGGAUGUCGGCCUAGUAGCAGCCAUGGAUAGCAGAUACCCUCUAACUGGAGGCAGAGGAGCAGUGCUACAGAAAAUCAGAGACGCAGCCCAAGGUUUCCGCGGUCCAGUGAAAAGUCGUCUUGGUGUAAGACCGGAAAUUCGGCCGGCCGAGGAUCGGCACCAGAAUUCCAGAGUUCGCUUCCAAUCCCAGCAUUCUAGGCAUCGGGAUUCUUCUGCUGGACCAUCUAGUCGGAGAUUCCAGCGAAACAGUGAACAAUGGCCGGUGGAUCAGCGCUACUGUGACUACUGCAAGCGCAGAGGUCACGUACGCCGGAAGUGUUACAAAUUGAAGAACGAACGGCACAACGAAGUCAACCAUGUCGACACUCAGGAUGCGAACAGCAGCACGGGUAGCUUGAGCCAGCUGGCCGAGCGUCUUGACCGGUUGAGGUCUGGUAGCUGGGACUCGGAUGAAAACGACUCAGGUGAAUUACAGUGCAUGCAUGUUUCUUCUAUUAAUAAAAUUAGUAAUCCCUGUUUAUUAAAUGUUACCAUUGAAAACAAUACUGUGCAGAUGGAGGUUGACAGUGGCUCUUCUGUUACAGUGAUGGGCAAAAAUUUGUUCACAACUAAAUUUGACCUUCCUUUAGUGAAAAGCACUAAACAAUUAAUUGUGAUAAAUGGUUCCAGGUUGAAAGUUUCUGGUGAAGUUGGAGUAAAGGUUGAAUACAAUGGCAAAACAGCUAAUUUGACGCUUUUAGUGCUUGACUGCGACUACCAGUUUAUUCCUCUGCUGGGUCGACCGUGGUUGGACGAAUUCUUUCCCAACUGGAGAAAUUUUUUUGGUAAUUUGAUGCCAUUAUACAACAUUUCAGAAAAUAAAAGAGAAGCAUUGGUUAGCGACAUAAAGUUAAAUUUUUCUGACGUUUUUGUUAAGGAUUUCUCUAUACCAAUAAAACAUUAUGAAGCCGAUCUAGUUUUAAAAACUGACAUGCCAAUUUUUAGAAAGGCUUAUGACGUUCCUUAUCGUUUAAGGGGAAAAGUUUUGAAAUAUUUGGACAAGCUUGAAGCUGAAAAAGUGAUAACUCCUAUUCAAACCAGUGAGUGGGCAUCACCUGUGGUGGUAGUAAUGAAAAAAAAACAAUGACAUACGACUAGUAAUAGACUGCAAGGUUUCAAUAAAUAAGCUCAUAAUACCAAAUACUUACCCUUUGCCUGUUGCUCAGGAUAUUUUUGCUAGUUUGGCAGGAUGUACUGUUUUUUGUUCUCUUGAUUUGGAGGGCGCAUACACACAACUAUCAUUAUCAAAGCGAUCAAGAAAAUUUAUGGUAAUAAACACAAUUAAGGGACUUUUUAGCUACAAUAGAUUGCCACAGGGGGCUUCCUCUAGUGCAUCUAUUUUCCAGCAAGUUAUGGAUCAAGUAUUGCAAGGUAUUGAAAACGUUUGCGUCUAUUUGGACGAUGUUCUUAUCGCAGGAAAAGACUUGCAAGAUUGCAAAGCAAAACUUUAUAAAGUGUUAGAUAGAUUGUCUAAAGUGAACAUCAAAAUUAACUGGGACAAGUGCAAAUUUUUCGUUUCUGAGUUGGAAUACUUGGGCCAUAUGAUCAGUGAUAAAGGUUUGACACCAUGUUCAAGUAAGAUUGCAACAAUACGUGAAGCUAAAGUUCCGACAAACGUGACCGAAUUGAAGUCUUAUUUGGGACUUAUCAAUUAUUACAACAAAUUCAUUCCCAACUUGUCUUCUAAAUUGUAUUAUUUGUACAAUUUGUUGAAGAACGAUGUAAAAUUUGUAUGGGACAAAAACUGUAAUGAGGCUUUUGAAAAAUCUAAAACGCUGUUGCUUGAGACCGACUUUCUUGAAUUUUAUGACCCCGAAAAAAAAAUUGUUGUUGUCACGGAUGCUUCUGGUUAUGGUUUGGGCGGAGUUAUUGCUCAUAUUGUGGACGACGUUGAGAAACCCAUUUGUUUCACGUCUUUUUCGUUAAAUGCAGCACAAAAGAAAUACCCCAUAUUACAUUUAGAAGCACUUGCACUUGUAUGUACAAUUAAGAAAUUCCAUAAAUAUUUGUAUGGUCAAAAAUUUACAGUUUUUACCGAUCACAAACCACUAGUGGGGAUUUUUGGUAAGGAAGGCAGACAUUCAAUAUUUGUGACAAGAUUACAACGCUACAUUUUAGAACUAUCAGUGUAUGAUUUUGAAAUCCAGUACCGA